UGGCAAAUUUUUUCCUGCAAUUCUCAUAAACUUACAAUGUUUAUCGCUAUAAAUAAAGCAUAAUCAAGCAUCGAAAGAACAUAACAUAACUCAUUACAUCUAUAGGACGCUAUGUUUCAUCUUAAAAGAUCAUUUUUUCAUGACCAUCUGUUUAAUCAAUGUUGUUACCAAAUAUUCCAAAUAACCACGCGUCUUUACAAUGCGAAUGUAAAUCAAAAGUAAAUCAAUGCCUUGACAUACAAAGAGGCUUAAAUUCAAUUUUUUCCAUGGAUGAUGCUAAUUAGAUUUCGGAAUCAAUGAGUUUUGUUUAUCUACGCGGCACGCAGUGUGCAUAGUGCUUGCGUGUGCACUCUAUAUCGAUCCUCGUGCAUCAUUGCAGCGAAGAACUUGCGUAUCUUUGCAAAUCCCGACAGCUACGCCCUCCCACGGCACUCAGAACUGCGAAAAUCAGCGAGUUUAUAUUCCGUGUCUAUAAGUGUCGUCGUCCGUCCGUGCUGCGUUGUCGUUGGUCAUGUUGUUGCCCCCGCAUCGCAGAAAUUCGUAGCAUGAGCGUGAGAUGAUGAAAUUACAUUGCGCAGAAAUACUGCACGCGUGAAAUAAUGUGCCCGUUGAAACCAAAAGAACCGAAUAUUUAUCGCAGUGAUAAAUGAUAAGGAACGAACUAGACGGAAUAUUUUCAAAGCAAAUAACCUCGGUAACUUUUUCUAAAGUCAGUUAUAAAUCGUUUCAACAUUCAGUUACAAUUUGCUAAUCAGUUGAAUGAAAAUGAGUGCGGUGCAGUCAUACUCCAACUCCAGCUCCAACUCCAGUAGUAAUAAAUAUUUCUCAGUACUUAAACAUCUCAAGUACGAGUAUUUGGUAGCUGGCGUGGCUGGUGGUACCAUUUCAACCGUGGCUCUACAUCCUCUUGAUCUUAUCAAAAUUCGUUUUGCUGUUAAUGAUGGACACUCAAAAAUACAUCCAAACUAUACAGGGUUUGUAAAUGCGGUUCAAAAAAUAGUCAAGAGCGAAAGUUUUGCUGGACUUUACAGCGGUGUAGUUCCCAAUGUUGUUGGUGCAGCUUUUUCUUGGGGAUCUUACUUUUUAAUAUACAAUUUUUUUAAAAGUUAUAUACAAGAUGGCAACGAUAAAAAAGCUUUGGAUGCAUCGAUGCAUACCUUGUGCGCAGUUAACGCUGGAGUUAUUACUUUGUUAAUGUCAAAUCCAAUUUGGGUUGUUAAAACCAGAUUAUGUUUACAAUAUUCCAAAGGAGCAAAUCUUCCAGAAUCCAAAAGAUAUACAGGAAUGAUUGAUGCCAUUCAAAAAAUUAGUAAAAAUGAAGGUAUUCGUGGAUUGUACAAAGGGCUUGUACCUGGCUUAUUUGGAGUAUCACAUGGUACUCUACAAUUUGUAGCUUAUGAAGAAAUGAAAAAUCGAUACAACAUAUACUUGAAUCAACCAAUUAAUAGAAAAUUAGAAACCAUAGAAUAUGUAACAUUUGCAGCUAUUUCAAAAUUAUUUGCUGUAGCUGCAACUUAUCCUUAUCAAGUAUUAAGAUCGCGAUUGCAAGAUCUUAAUCAUAACUAUACAGGUACAAUUGAUUGCAUAAAACGAAUAUGGAAAUAUGAAGGUGUUCAUGGUUACUACAAAGGCUUAAAAGUGAAUUUGUUGAGAGUCACACCUGCUACAGUUAUAACAUUUGUUGUUUAUGAAUAUGUUUCAUAUCAUCUUUUGAACCCAAAAAGUGAAGAAUUCCAAAGUUGAAAAACUGUGAUCAACCUAGAAAUAAAAAAAAAUUAAAAAAUAAUUUUUUAUUUAUGCAUUAUUUGCUUGUCAAUGUUCCUGAAUCUGUACAUAUUUUUAAUAUUGUUGAUAAUGUACAUUUGCACAAAAAAAUAGUCAAAUAAAUCAGUAAUUUUUAUUUUAAAAUAUCUUAUGAUUUACUUAUGAUUUACACUCGCAUUCAAUCUGCAAUAGAAUGUCUUUCCUUACUUUCUAAAAAUUCUCUAGUUUGAAGAUAAAUUCUUCAAGCAUAUUAAAAAACAGACAUCAUAGAGAUUGGGUGCAAAU